GAAGUUUGUCACAAACCAGCGACUUGUUGCCAUUUUGACGACGAUAGAAAAACCCAGAACACUGCGUGCUUGUUAUUCAUCGACGUAUUUUGUUCAAAUUAACCCGCCACCAUGGCUAUGCAAGCAGCGAAACGCGCUAACAUCCGAUUACCUCCUGAGGUGAACAGAAUCUUGUAUGUCAGGAAUCUUCCUUACAAGAUUACAGCUGAGGAGAUGUACGAUAUCUUUGGGAAAUACGGACCAAUACGGCAAAUCCGAACAGGGAACACACCUGAAACCAGAGGAACAGCUUAUGUCGUGUACGAAGACAUCUUCGAUGCCAAGAAUGCCUGCGACCACCUGUCGGGCUUCAACGUCUGCAACCGUUACCUCGUUGUUCUCUACUACAAUGCAAACAGAGCGUUCCAGAAAAUGGACACGAAGAAGAAAGAGGAACAACUGAAGCUCUUAAAAGAGAAAUAUGGCAUCAACACAGACCCUCCGAAGUAGCGUCUCCGAGGCCUCUCGUCUUUCAGUUUUCAUUCUUUGUAAAAACAAAAAAACAAUUAUUCCCCCCCCCUUGAUUGGUUUAUGCUUGUGAUUACAAUUGUGGAUAAUGCCAUUUUACACAUUUUCUUUUAUUCCUCUUGCUUUAAAUUGAAGCCAGACAGUUUCUAUUUAACUGUUUUAUUUUGAUCCAUCCAGUUCAGCAGAAAUGGUUCUGAUCUUUUUAGUCGUCUCUCUGAACAGGAAGCUGGAGUCAACAUGAACCGCUCAUGUAGAAUUAAACUUUUCUGUAAAAUAAAUGCUUCUUUUUCUAAAA